GACGCACGCCGUGACUUCCACGGUGUGCUUGCAUAAUGCUGCCCCGAUGCGGAUGUAUGUACUUGGCCGUCAAUGUGUCGUCAUGAAAGUCACGCCGUGCUUGCAUUCUGACGGUAACGUGCCACCACAACACACGCGAACUGUCAUGAUGCAGAACAAGAGAUCGAGAUAAAGGUUAGUAGGACUAGCUAAGGCAAACAAACAAACAUUACAAACCGAUAUCCAUAUCUACAAGUCCUUAGUGAAUUUGUUUAAAGGGCCAUUGGAAGUUUUUAAAAAUGUUUAUAGAGACUAAAGAGUUGUUUGAUGUGAUAGUCGAGUUAUCAACAAUUAAAGAGAUGAAAGUAGCUUUGAACACUACUGUAGAAUGUGGAGUAGUGGCUGCAAUAUCAACAAUGAUUGGUGGUUUGGUGGCUGGUCCACCAGGAAUUGCUGCUGGUGGUUUAGUAGGGACUCUAAUAUCAAGUUGUCAUGCAAACGGCAAAUUCAAAUCAGUUCCAGAAAUUCUAAUGAAGGAUACUACUCAACAACAGAAAGAAAAAUUAGCAAAUGCUCUUAGGAAUUUUCUUACCAAGGAAAAUAUAAUUACUAUUGUACAGUUAAUAACAGCAUCACAAAAUAAUCCACUUUUAUUGCAAUCUAUAAAAAAAAUUGUAAGAGAUUUUCUGAUGACUAAUAUGGGAUAUCGCAAUGUAUCGUAAGAAUAAUUAGAAUUCAGUAACAAUCGAUAUUAUAAGUUUUUAUAGAAUAUAAAUUUUUUAUAGAAGUAUUUUGCAUAGAUUGGAAGUUAUUGAUAAAAAUUUUAUAACAAAGUUAUUUUAAAAAAUAUAAAAAUUUGUA